AUGUCUUAUGCUUACUCAGAAUAUAUAGAAGAAUUUAGUAUAGAAAUAGCUGAUUUCAAUCCAAUUAGUUCUACUAUCUAUAUACCUUUGCCUGAAACUUUGCCAAAAUAUGAUGGUCUAGAUCUAUCUCACUAUGUCUCUGCACCUAGAAUAUUUAAUGAUUCUCUAUACAAAAGUAGUGAGGUAGAACUUAAGCUUAUAACAGAUAUAGAUAA